AUAUUAUGCAGUUUAGAUAGCAAAAACUGGUAAGGAACUUGAGCCUCUAAAGUAACAAGAGGCUUUAGGAAUGACACAUCGUUCCAAUAACCUAUCUCUGUGAACUUUAAAGAUUCGUUUUGCUGGACUUGAUGUGUUUUUCUAGCUAGGACUGAAAAAACCAAAAUCUACAAAGGGGAUGUUUUGAAAGAAUAUUGAUGAAACUUUGAGUUAGUUAUUGCAAACUGCAUAAACACAAACAUGUUUUCUUCUCUAGAUUCAACUUGGAUCACAUCUCUAUCAUGUUCAUCUUCUUCAAAGGAACAUGAACGUGCAUAUGGAUUAGUUCAAUGGUUGAGAUUCAUUUUUCUCUCACCAUGUCCUCAGAGAGCUCUUCUCUCAGCUGUUGAUGGUUUACUCUUGUUGACUUUAUUUGUGUUUGCAAUCAUAAAACUCUAUUCUAGGUUCAGUUCUUCCAAUGGAACCAACACUGAAAUUAACAAACCCCUUAUAAGUAACACUAGGGAUUUGAGAACAAAAACAACUAUAUGGUUCAAGCUAACUCUAAUUGCUACUGCUGUUUUAACUCUAUUGUAUACAGUAGCUUGCAUUUUAGUGUUUAGCAGUUCAAUUGAAUCACCAUGGAAACUAGUUGAUGGACUAUUUUGGGUUGUUCAAGCAAUAACUCAAUUAGUCCUUGUAAUCUUGAUUAUCCAUGUGAAAAAAUUUGAAGCUGUUGUUCACCCUUUGUCGCUUCGAAUUUAUUGGAUUGCGAAUUUUGUUGUUGUUUCUUUGUUUGCUGCUUCUGGUGUCAUACGUUUUGUUUCUGUGGAGGGAAAUUACUUGUUCAGCUUUAUGGUUGAUGACAUUGUGUCUUUCAUUUCUCUACCAAUUUCUCUUUUUCUGGUUUUUGUUGCUGUGAAUGGAUCCACUGGUGUUGUUAAGUCAAGAGAUGGAACUCAAGUGGUUGUUGAUAAUGACCAUGAAACAAAACUAUAUGAUUAUGUUGAUGAUCCAGCUUUGAAUAAACCAAAUGUUACUACUGGUUUUGCUUCAGCUUCUCAAUUUUCUAAGACCUUUUGGAUUUGGUUAAACCCUUUGUUGAAUAAAGGGUACGGGUCACCUCUUACUCUUGAUGAAGUUCCAUUCCUUUCUCCAGAGCAUAGAGCUGAGAGAAUGUCUGUUAUCUUUGAAUCAAAAUGGCCUAAAUCUGAUGAAAGAUCAAAGCAUCCGGUUAGAACCACGUUGAUUCGGUGUUUCUGGAAGGAGAUAAUCUUCACUGCUUUUCUUGCUGUUAUUAAGCUCUCUGUUAUGUUUGUUGGACCAGUUCUCAUUCAAGAUUUUGUUGAUUUCACUUCUGGGAAAGGUAGCUCGCCGUAUGAAGGUUACUAUCUGGUGUUGAUUCUUCUUGUAGCCAAAUUUAUUGAAGUUUUGACAACUCAUCAUUUCAACUUCAACUCUCAGAAGCUUGGAAUGCUUAUAAGAUGCACACUCAUUACUUCUUUGUAUAAGAAGGGGUUGAGACUAUCUUGUUCUGCAAGGCAGGAUCAUGGUGUUGGGGCUAUUGUGAAUUACAUGGCUGUUGAUACACAGCAACUGUCUGAUAUGAUGCUUCAGUUACACGCCAUUUGGAUGAUGCCAUUUCAAGUUGCUAUCGGUUUGUUUUUGCUUUACAAUUGUCUCGGUGGUUCAGUGAUCACGGCACUGAUUUGCCUUCUUCUUGUCCUCGUGUUUAUCGUGGUGACAACUCGACAGAACAAAGGUUACCAGUUUAAAGCGAUGAUGAACCGUGAUUCGAGGAUGAAAGCUGUGAAUGAGAUGCUUAAUUACAUGCGUGUCAUCAAGUUUCAGGCAUGGGAAGAGCAUUUCAAUAAAAGAAUCUUGAGUUUCCGCGGGUCGGAAUUCGGGUGGCUUUCCAAGUUUAUGUACUCGAUUUGUGGCAAUGUUAUUGUGUUGUGGAGCUCUCCUUUAUUGAUAUCAACUCUAACUUUCGCUACCGCGCUUUUCUUUGGAGUUAAACUUGAUGCAGGAACUGUUUUCACUACAACAACUGUGUUUAAGAUCCUGCAGGAGCCUAUUAGGACUUUUCCUCAGUCAAUGAUAUCUCUUUCACAGGCAUUGGUAUCACUUGGGAGGUUGGAUAGGUACAUGUCUAGCAGGGAAUUACAUGAUGAUUCGGUCGAGAGAAAUGAAGGGUGUGAUGGUGUAACUGCUGUGGAUGUUAAAGAUGGUACCUUUAGUUGGGAUGAUGAUGGCCAAAAACCAGACUUGAAAAAUAUUAAUUUGAAGGUUAAUAAGGGGGAACUCACAGCUAUUGUUGGUACUGUUGGGUCUGGAAAGUCUUCUCUUCUCGCAUCAAUUCUCGGCGAAAUGCACAGAAUUUCUGGAAAGGUUCAAGUUUGUGGGACUACUGCUUAUGUUGCGCAAACGUCUUGGAUUCAAAAUGGAACAAUUGAAGAAAAUAUUCUCUUUGGUUUACCAAUGAACAGACAGAAGUACAAUGAAAUUAUCAGGGUUUGUUGCUUGGAGAAAGACUUAGAAAUGAUGGAAUUUGGAGAUCAGACAGAGAUCGGAGAGCGUGGCAUCAACCUCAGUGGUGGUCAGAAGCAGCGUAUACAACUCGCCAGGGCUGUGUACCAAGAGAAUGAUAUAUAUCUUCUUGAUGAUGUCUUCAGUGCGGUUGAUGCACAUACUGGCUCUGAAAUAUUUAAGGAAUGUGUAAGGGGAGCUCUAAAAGGCAAGACCAUUGUUCUUGUAACACAUCAAGUGGACUUCCUGCAUAAUGUCGAUCGUAUAGUGGUGAUGAGGGAUGGAGUGAUAGUCCAAUCAGGGAGAUACAAUGACCUACUUGAUUCCGGAUUAGAUUUCGGUGUUCUGGUAGCUGCACAUGAAACCUCUAUGGAACUAGUAGAACAAGGCGCGGGCAAGCCCGGUGAAAAUUCAGACAGGCCAAUGGUAUCUCCAAAGGGCAACAGAGAAGAAACCAACGGCGAAAGUAAUUCACUUGACCAGCCAAAAACUGCCAAUGGAAGUUCUAAACUUGUCAAAGAGGAGGAAAGAGAAACCGGAAAAGUUAGCUUAAACAUCUAUAAACUCUACUGCACUGAGGCUUAUGGGUGGUGGGGAAUUUCAACAGUACUUAUUCUUUCUGUGUUGUGGCAAGCAACUAUGAUGGCAAGUGAUUAUUGGCUUGCAUAUGAAACCUCGAUUGAUCGUGCUGAUCUUUUCGAUCCUUCUGUGUUUAUUUCCAUCUAUGGAAUUAUUAGUGUAGUAUCAGUUGUUUUUAUAGUGCUAAGAUCCUACUCAAUUACAAUCUUGGGGUUAAAGACGGCACAAAUUUUCUUCUCUCAAAUUCUUAAUAGCAUCUUGCAUGCUCCCAUGUCUUUCUUUGACACUACUCCAUCAGGGAGGAUUCUAAGCAGGGCAUCCACUGAUCAGACCAACGUUGAUAUCUUCAUCCCUUUGUUUUUCAAUUUUGUGGUUGCUAUGUAUAUUACAGUGGUCAGCAUCUUCAUAGUCACAUGCCAGAAUUCUUGGCCGACUGUUUUCUUGCUGAUUCCUCUUUUUUGGUUGAACAUUUGGUACCGGGGUUAUUUUCUAGCUACAUCUCGUGAGUUAACUCGCCUAGAUUCAAUUACAAAAGCACCUGUCAUUGUUCAUUUCUCCGAAAGCAUUUCCGGGGUCAUGACAAUACGUGCGUUCAGAAAGCAGAAGGAGUUUGGUGUUGAAAACAUUAAACGAGUGAAUUCUAAUUUGCGAAUGGAUUUCCACAACUACAGUUCCAACGCGUGGUUGGGUUUCCGCUUAGAACUGCUUGGAAGUUUAGUUUUCUGCACUUCUGCUUUGUUCAUGAUCAUGUUACCCAGCAGUGUCAUAAAGCCAGAAAAUGUUGGUUUAUCUCUCUCCUAUGGAUUGUCGUUGAAUUCGGUGCUGUUCUGGGCUAUAUACAUGAGCUGUUUCAUUGAAAACAAAAUGGUAUCAGUUGAGAGGAUAAAACAGUUCUCAAAUAUUCCAUCAGAAGCAGCCUGGAACAUUAAGGAUCGCAUGCCUCCUGCAAAUUGGCCUGGUCAAGGCCAUGUUGAUAUUAAAGACUUGCAGGUCAGAUAUCGUCCGAACACUCCUUUGGUUCUUAAAGGCAUUACUUUAAGCAUUAACGGAGGAGAAAAGAUCGGUGUUGUUGGUCGAACGGGGAGUGGAAAAUCAACUUUAAUUCAAGUUUUCUUCAGGCUGGUGGAACCUACCGGAGGGAAAAUAAUCAUCGAUGGCAUUGACAUAUGCGCUUUAGGACUUCAUGAUCUCAGGUCUCGAUUCGGUAUCAUCCCUCAAGAGCCUGUCCUUUUCGAAGGAACCGUCAGAAGUAACAUUGAUCCAACUGGACAGUAUACAGAUGAUGAGAUAUGGAAGAGUUUGGAUCGUUGUCAACUAAAAGAUGCAGUGGCUUCUAAGCCUGAGAAACUUGACUCAUUAGUGGUUGACAAUGGAGAUAACUGGAGUGUGGGACAGAGGCAGUUGCUUUGUUUAGGGCGUGUUAUGCUUAAGCAAAGCAGGCUGCUAUUUAUGGACGAGGCUACAGCUUCUGUCGAUUCUCAAACCGACGCUGUAAUUCAGAAGAUCAUCAGAGAGGAUUUUGCAGCGCGUACUAUCAUCAGCAUUGCUCAUAGGAUACCAACUGUCAUGGACUGCAAUCGAGUGUUAGUCGUAGACGCAGGGCGUGCAAAAGAAUUCGACACACCUUCCAACUUGCUCCAGAGGCAGUCACUGUUUGCAGCUUUGGUUCAAGAGUAUGCGAACCGUUCCAAUGACCUAUAAAAAAACUUCAGCUCCUUUCCACAUACCCGUUUGCCUUCACCAUCCAUAUUUAUGACAAGACAAUAACAGAAGGAAAAAAAAAAGAACACAUGUUCCUCAAGGCUAGACAUUUUGAUUGAUAUUACAUAUUUACAUGUGUGGAGUAAGAUGGUUAUUUCUUGCAGAAAAUGGACACAAUUUUCUUCCGUAGAGAGAUUUAGUUCAGCUACGAUUGCAAAAUCAUUUAAAGAUGAGCUGAUUUAUUGCCGGUGUACUUUUUUACCAUGAAGGGUGAACAUGAACAACGCUUUUGGAUGGUAUUCUAAGUAUAUUUGGCUAUAGUAGUGUUAGUAGUUCAAUAAUUUGGCAAUAGUAGGUCCUGAUUUUAAUUAUACAUGUGUCUUUUUUUCAUUUUAUAUAUAAGCACUUCAUCCAUUUGUAGUGACUGAUAAAUUGCAAAUUAUCCUUUGAAUGAUAUUAAAUAAUUUGAAUUAUGCA